AUGUCGCAUGAGGUGUUUCGUCUCACGGAGCUGAAGCAGAAGCUGCCGUACAAAAUUGAGAGCAUCGCCACCGCCCGCAACCUCUUCUUUUUGGGCACGAGCGACGGCAAACUGAUCGUGUACGAGGUCUCUCUCCAGGAACAUGACGCCCAGUGCGUCUACAUCCACUCCUCGAAACACAAGCAGCCCAUCCGCAUGAUUCUCCCCAUUGUGGAGCGGGAUGUUCUGCUCCUGGUGGCGGGUGACGUGAUUGCGGUGCACCAGCUGAAUCGCAUGACCUCCGCCCAGCUAGACCGCCUCCCGGAGGACCGCCUGCCCGAGCUGAGUGCGGUCAGGGGAACCAAGGACAUCGUCGCACUGCACCUGAAGCGGCAACGGGGCACCUUCUACUUGGCGGUGCUGCAGCGCAAAAAGAUCACCGUCUACGCCUACAGGGAGCAGCUGAGGGAGUUCGUGAUUAUGAACGAUGGUCUGCUACUGCCAGACGGGGCCAAGACGCUUGUUUGGGUGGGGAAGAAUCUCCUGAUUGGGUUCCGCCGGGAGUACGUCCUCAUGCACGUCCCGAGCGGUGCCACGGACUGCCUGUACCCCACCGGCAAGAGCGGCAUCCCGCUGCUCCUCUCGCUUGACCCGGUGCCGGAGGUGCUGGUGGGCGAGGAAAACACCGGCGUGCGUGCGCUGCAUGACGGCAGUCUCGUGCCGGAAAAAAAGAACGGCAUACCGUGGCCGUCGAUCCCCACCAGUGCGGCGUACGUUCACCCCUUUCUCCUCACCGUGCAUGACAGUGGCAACUGCAUUGAAGUGCGACUGCCGUUCUUUACCGGCAGCGCGGAGGCGGCAAACCCCACGCUGUGGCAGAGCAUCAGCCUCAAGUGCGCCGACCGCAUCUCGCAGCGCCCCUUUGCCGACUUUGACGUCAGCCUGCCAAAGGAGGCCGCGCCCCCCGACGCGUUGCGCAAGGACAUCACGAUUGUGCUUACCAGUAACAACACGGUGCACCUGCUCGAGCUCGUGCCUAUUAGGGAGCAGGCCCUCGCACUCUCCUCCGUGGACGCCGUCGAGGCGGGUCUGCUGCUCUGCCAGCUGUGCGCCAACGAGGUGGAUCAGACAACGGUGCGCAGCCUCAAGAGGCAGUUUGCGCUGUGGAGCUUCAAUGCGCAAAAGGACUUCAGAACGGCUAUGCUGCGCUUUCGCGACGCCAACGUCGACCCACGCCUCGUUAUCGACCUCUUCCCGGGCUUUCUCACGCAACGCGCGCGGGCGACAUGGCAGCCGCCGCAGACGCACGCGACAGACCUCGCCCAGCAGUUGCCAGAUGCCGCCGCGGCUUUUCUCGACUAUGCGGUGCCGCUGCGCCGGGAGUACGCGACGGCGGAGGCCGAAGUGCUUGCCGAGGCCAUUGACACCGCCAUUCUGAAGGCAUACGUUGUCGUUGGGCACGAACCGCAGCUGCUUGCAUUUCUGGCCGAAGACAACGCAUGCUCGCUCGCCGAGUCGGAGGCGUUUCUGGCGGACAGGGAGCAAUGGGUGGCGCUGGUCGCGCUCUGGUGCCGCCACGGGCAACACCGCAAAAGUUUGGCGCUGCUCUACGCACUCGGCACGACAGGGGAACGCAUCCGGCUGGACUCCCUCGUAACGACGUCGUCUUCGCGCGUUGGGCUUCCCUUUAACGCGGCGUUCGCGCGGCUUCUUCAGCCGCUGCUGGACAAGGCCUUUGGGGGAGUUGGCGGCCUGCUUGCCGCUGCCUCUGAGGGUGGCCACGCGGAUUUUAUGCCGCAAACUGUUCUGGCGCGGCUUCUUGCCGAGGUUGCCGUGGAGGUGGAGCAGUCGCAGCAAACGCACCUGCUGCGGCGCUGCGUGGGCGUGGUGGGGACGCUGCUGUACGUGCGGUUGCUCUCGUGGGGGGAGCGGGAGAGCAUGGCGUUGGUCGAGGAAUAUUCGCCGUGGAUUCUUGCCAAUGUCCCGCCGCGGUGGUCGGUCCGGAUGUUUACCGCCGCGGACAUCCAGCCGAAGGACUACGCCGCCGUGCUGCGUCUCCUCGGCAGUGACAUGCGCGGCAUUGGCAGGACGCAGCCGCAUGAGCGUGUUGCUGAGUGGCUUUCUUUGGUCUUUGCGGACACCUGCAACUUGUGCACAGACGCCUCACUGCACGACGCGUACUUCCAAAGCCUGGUGCGGCUUGUGUUGUCACCGUUGUGCGCGGCGGGUGAGUCGGUGGCGGAGCGGGAGGAGGAGGAGAAGGAGCAGCAGCAGCGGAGGGCAACAGGGCGCCAGCGUCUGGAAAACUUCCUGCGGUCCUCGCACCACAUAGACCUCGCAAGGGCGCAGACUGUUUUGGAGCAGCCGGAGGCGCGGGGGCAAAUGUAUGCGGAGCGCGCCAUCAUUUACCGUCGGCUCACGUUGCACGAGGAGGCCAUCCGCAUGUUUCUGUACGAGGCGCGGACAGCUGCGGGCGGCGCAGGACUACGCGACUCGCGUGGGCCGCGAUGGAGAGGACGCCUUUCAGAUUCUUCUGCGCCUGCUGCUCAGCCCGGGGGACGAGUGCGGCGCGCCGUGGCUGAGUGA